GCCACCCACUCAUCUCAUCAUCACAAUCAACUCCCCUUCAAUGGCCUCCUCCUCCGCCCAAUCCCCCAAACCCCAUCACAUUGUCGCCAUGCCCUUCCCCGGCCGCGGCCUCAUCAACCCUCUCCUCAACCUCUCAUGCCAUCUCUCCACUCACGGCCUUCUCGUCACCGUCGUCCUCACCGAAGAAUGGCUUGGCCUCCUCUCCACUUCCCCCACCCCACCUCACCCUGUUGUCCAGUUCCGAUCCAUCCCCAAUGUCAUCCCCUCCGAGCACGGCCGCGCCGCCGACUACAACGGCUUCCUUAAUGCCGUCAACAGUAAGCUCGAGGAACCCUUUGAGCGUCUCCUGGAGGAUCUCGAUCCGCCACCGGCGGCAAUCCUCGCGGAUACCCACUUGUUGUGGAUGGUCUCCGUCGGCGAGCGCCGGAGGCUGCCAGUUUACUCGCUUUGGACUAUGCCAGCGGCGUUCUUCUCUCUGUUCUAUGGAUUCGAGGACAUCUUCGGCGGUGACUGCACCGUGGCUUCUGAAGAAAUAGACAAGAUAUUGGAGCAGCAUGUCAAGGGUCUAAAUUUAGGUGAUGUGAGUUUCGUAAUCUGCUCAGCCACAAUAAAGAAGUGGGUCUUAGACACUCUCUUUUGGGCAAGAGGAGCAAAAGGAGUCGUCUUCGCUUCAAUAUAUGAGUUGGAGCCACACAUCAUAGACUCAUUGAAAUCAAAGCUCUCAUGUCCUGUGUACACUGUUGGUCCUUGCAUCCCUUACUUGACACUCAAAGAUAAACCUUGCAAUUCAGAUUACAUGCAAUGGCUCGACUCUCAACCUAUCAACUCUGUGCUCUACUUAUCUUUAGGAAGCUUCUUGUCGGUCUCCGUUGCACAAAUGGAUGAGAUUGUAACCGGGUUGCAUGAAAGCGGCAUUCGAUUUUUAAUGGUUGCACGAGGCGACACUUCGCAUGUGCAGGCAAAGAUGGGCAGCACAGGCCUUGUUGUGCAAUGGUGUGAUCAAUUGAAGGUUUUGUGCCAUCCUUCUAUCGGCGGUUUUUUCACACAUUGUGGUUGGAACUCAACUUUAGAAUGCCUGUUUGCCGGUAAGCCAAUGCUCACGUUUCCUUUGUUUUUGGACCAACCCCUUAAUUGCAAGCUUAUAGCAAAUGUAUGGAAGGUUGGCUUGAAUGUGAAGGAAGAGAUCGGAGACGGGUGUUUGGUUGGAGGAAAAGUGAUUGCUAAGUUUGCAAAGAGGUUGAUGGAUGUGGAGGGGAUGGAGGGUAAGGAGAUGAGGAAAAAAGCUGUUGAACUUAGUGAAGUAGUUCAUAGAGCUGUUGAAGAGGGUGGUUCUUCUUAUUGCAGUAUUAGUGCCUUUGUUGAAGAUGUUUGUUCUAGUUUUUGAUUUUUCAUUAAUUUUGAGAGUUUGUUUUGGCACUUUUUUCAUUGUUUGUCAUGGAACUAAUUCAUGGACUUGAGAUGCAUUUCCACGUAUUGUAAUAAAUUUCUAUUUGUCUUCAA